AUGCCUUCGGCGCCUGGCCGGGUGGGCUCAAAUUCCACUCACAUGCGCAUCCAUUCCGCCGAGUCAACAUACCCGUCCAUCACGGCGCCAACACCAACCGGCCCGGUCGCCACCCCUAGCGGCCCCGUCGCCACCCUAUACAGCCCCGUUGCCGUCCUUUGCGGCCCCGUCGCCGCCCUUCUAGGCCCCUCGCGGCCCCUUCGCGGCCCCGUUGCCGCCCCUAGCGGCCCCGUCGCCGCCCUUCAAGGCCCCUCGCGGCCCCUUCGCGGCCCCGUCGCCGCCCCUAGCGGCCUCGUCGCCGCCCUUCGAGGCCCCUCGCGGCCCCUUCGCGGCCCCGUCGCCGCCCCUAGCGGCCCUGUCGCCGCCCCUAUCAGCCCCGUCGCCGCCCUUCGCGGCCCCGUCGCCGCCCUUCGCGGCCCCGUCGCCGCCCUUCGCGGCCCCGUCGCCGCCCUUCGCGGCCCUGUCGCCACCUCUAGCGGCCCCGUCGCCGCCCUUCGCGGCCCCCUCGCUGCCUCUAAUGGCCCCGUAGUCGCCUUUCAUGGCCCCUUGCGGCCUCUUUUCGGCCCCGUCCCCGCCCGACGUGGCCCCGUCGCCACCCUUCCCGGCCCCUCCUCGGCUCCUCCGCCACCAGCAGCAGCCGCCGCCAGCAGCACCCGCCACCAGCAGCAGCCGACAGCAGCAGAAGCCGCCGACACCAGCGGCGGCCACCACCAGCAACAGCCGUCGCCGCCGACAGCAGGAGCUACCGCCGCGGUCGCGGCUCUUUCCUGCCGACGCGCCUCGGCCCUGCCCCACCGCUUGCUAGCCCCCACCUACCAGCCCUGGUGA